GUCUUAUGUGGGUUUAUCACUAACUACAUAGUAUAAAGCAAAGUCGCUUCCCGCUGUCUGUCCCUACGUCCCUAUGUAUGCUUAGAUCAUUAAAACUACGCAACGGAUUUUAUAUUUAAGAGGAAGGUUUAUAUGUAAUUACAUGCAUAAUAUAGUAGAGAAACACUGAUAAUAUUUGAGGUUUUUAAUGUAAGGUCAUAAAUAAACACAUUUUUUUACGCUUACAUUGCAAACGCUGGCUGAACCCUACGAGAUAGAUCAAAAUAAUGUACUACAGUAUUGCACACCUUAAAAAGGUCUACAAAAAAGUCCGCGAUGGUACCUAUAUGUCUAUCUCUUAUGGAUAACCCACAAUAACCAUUUUUUAUCCUAUACUUUUUACGAGAAAUAUUAGAUUAUUUACGAGGCGAUUUUCAGCAAUAUAACAUUCAUCCUUAUCCAAUUAAGUACCUUAAAUACAUUGUGCAUUUGAUAUAGACCAAUUUGACGCAUGUAAUUUAAAUGAAUAUUGUCGAAGAUAUUACAGAUUUAAAAUGCAGGGACAUAACGGUUCCGAUGGUACCGGGCGGGGGGGCUUGGCGGGCGGUGCGUGCCUAUUGUAAUUAGGUAUUAGAAGAAUGUCAUUGUGUAUAAUACAAGCCUGAGAACAGAAACUAUAGUCUACAAAAACUACAGCUCUACUCCGAAGCGAAGCGAGGGCGGGCCACUACUUAUUUAUAUAUUAAUUGGAUAUGUUUUGAGUUGAAUAGGUAACUACUUAUCUGCACCUGCACCUUACGUUUAUUAUUAAUAAAAAAAUCCAUGGUAACAAUCCCGUAAAUAACUUAUAUUACUAUAAUGUUAGUGACCAUGAAAGUUUAAAACAAUAUAUUAUUAACAAGUUUAUAGCUUGUAGAUGUAGGGUAGGUAUCACUUAUUUAUACAUAAAUACUUAGCCUUAACACAAUACGUAGUCUUCUUUCUUAGUCUUGUCAAAUCCAAAUGCCCGAACAAAACGCUUUGAUGACCGGAUGUCGUUUAACAAGUAGCAACACGGCCGCCGCGGUCAGGAGCGCGUCGGGUAUGUUGCUCUAUGCUGCAAAAUUGCAGCGCGCCUCUUUUGAAUGCCAAAGUCUUACGAACCCUAUUAAGAGCACUCAUUGUGUGAUUAAAUUAGCCCAAAUAUAUGCAGGCUAAAUGUAUUAUUUUCGUUAUCCUUAUUACAAACUGCUUAUUUUGAGACAGUUAUUGUUUAUGUUUCAAUAAUGUGCGGAAUUUGGGCAACUUUUGGCGUGGAUGGUGGAUUGAGCGCUACCUGCAUCAAAUGUUUUUCUAACAUAAUCCAUCGUGGUCCAGACGCAUGGCGAAUAGAACAAGAUGCAAGGGAACCGCUCGCAAUCUUUGGUUUUCAACGGUUGUCUAUAGUAGACAGCUUAUACGGCAUGCAGCCCAUGCGCCUCCAUGCCUUUCCCCGCACCACUCUGAUCUGUAACGGCGAAAUUUACAACUGCAAGCGCUUACAACAGCAACACGAUUUCCCCUAUGAGACUAAGUGCGACGUAGAAGCCAUCAUUCAUACCUACCACAAAUUCGGCAUUGCAGAGGCUGUGAAGAAUCUCGAUGGCGUCUUCGCAUUCUGUCUCUUAGAUGGUGAAAAAAGAAAGAUUUAUAUCGCCAGAGAUCCGUACGGCGUCCGACCACUCUUCAAACUUCACGACUCGGACAACAAUGUACUCGCAAUUUGCUCCGAAGCAAAGGGUCUUAUCGGUUUGAAGCAAAAGGCUGGCAAGAACUCCACACUAGGCCAGUUUACACCUGGACAUUUAGAAGUUUGGUCUAUAUUGGAUAGCGGUAAAGUAACUUUGGAUUACACGGAACAAUAUUUCACGCCUGGAACGGCGCCACGAUUUGUGCCAUUUGUACCAGAAGAGGAGCUACAGAAACUAACUGCCUAUGAAAAGACUGCUCGUCUUUUAGAAGCUGCGUGCAAGAAACGGUUGAUGGCGGACAGAAGAAUAGGUUGUCUUUUAAGCGGUGGCCUAGACUCUUCACUUGUAACAGCACUGGUUGUUAAACUCGCCAAGGAGAUUCAACUUCCCUAUAAAAUCCAGACGUUCGCAAUAGGUAUGGGAGAUUCGCCCGACCUAGUCGCAGCCAGAACCGUUGCAGAAUAUCUGGGCACUGAGCACCACGAAGUUCAGUUUGAUGAGAAAGAUGUUAGAGAUGCAUUAGACAAUGUCAUUUACCAUUUGGAAUCUUUUGAUAUAACAACAAUUCGUGCUAGUCUGCCGAUGUAUCUUCUAUCAAAGUAUAUUAAAAACAACACCGACACUACAGUGAUAUUCAGUGGUGAGGGGGCCGACGAGGUAGCACAGGGGUACAUAUAUUUUAGAGAUGCACCUUCAUCAGCUGCUGGACACGAAGAAAGCGUACGCUUACUAACAGAUAUUUAUUUAUACGACGGACUGAGAGCUGACCGGACUACAAGUGCUUUCAGCUUGGAACUUCGUGUUCCAUUUUUGGAUAUACAAUUUACCCAUCAUUACUUAGGUGUAGACGCAAAAAUGCGCCAACCGCAAAACGGAGUGGAGAAACAUUUGCUGAGAAGUAGUUUUGAUAAGAGUGGUUUGCUGCCAGAUUCAAUACUGUGGCGACAUAAAGAAGCUUUCAGCGAUGGAGUGGCGUCUGUUAAGAAAUCCCUAUUUACCAUAAUAGGUGAAAUAAUAAACGAGAGGUUUAAAGAUGAAAACGUCAAAUUCGAUGGUAUAACACCCAUAACAACUGAGUCCAAAUAUUACCGCACAGUAUUUGAGAAAUCUUACCCAGGUCAACAAAACUUUACGCCUUACUAUUGGAUGCCGAAAUGGGUACAAGUUUCCGAUCCUUCUGCAAGAUUCAUCAAGCACUACGCAGCUAAAUCAUAAAUAAACAUAUUGUGCUG